AUGGACCGCCGCGACACACCAUUGGCUGUCGAAGAUGUGGUUUUGGCUUUGCGGGGUGCUUCUAUGGUAUCGCAGGAUUGUGCCAGCGAAGACAGCUAUGAAGAUGAUCGCGCAUCCACUCGAACGAAAUCUUCGAGGUGCUCCAUUGCGGCCUGUGUCAUGUACCCUGACAACAAUGUGAGGCGUAUUUGGACGGCUCUUGUUGUAUUCUUGCUGGGCUACAUCGGCACUGUGUUCCUCUACAGGUUGAUUUUCAUCCGUUUCUAUGCCGCAGCAAACGAGGAGGUGCAGGAAACAGACGUCUGGAACGCCUUCGAUGGCAUGGUGGAUGUCAUGUUCAUCGUAGACCUGUGGAUUCAGUUCCUCUUCACUUACACAAACGAGAGAGGAAAAGAGGUAGCUUCGCCAAGGAAGAUUGCCUGCAGAUACCUCGCUGGUUGGUUUUGGGUGAAUAUGAUCUCCUGCAUUCCAGAGGAUGCCGCCAGUGCCGUCUACGCUUUUUUUGUCGGGGAGGAGAGCAUCGAGGCAAACAACAGUCAGAAGACUGUUCGGCUCAUGCGCAUGCAGCGUAUGACCAAGAUCGUCCGCAUGCUGCGGCUCGCGAAGCUCACGCAGCUGACAGAGCGGCUUAAUCUUGACACCUAUAUCCAGCGAUAUAAGGUUGUCGCAGUGUUGAAUACAUUGUUUGGGCUGAUCUGGGUGGUGCACGUCAUGGCCUGUGGCUGGUAUCUUUGCGCCACCUUGCACGAGGAUGUACUGGAGACCUGGUUGGCUCGCCGACUGGUGGGCAUCAACGAAGAGAUGCUGCUGCAAGGGGAUCCCUUCGACCAGUGGGCGCACGCCAUGUAUUUCAUUUUCUCAGUCUUCACGACCGUCGGCUUCGGUGAUAUCUCGGCAUUCACUACCGGCGAGAUUAUGUAUGUGACCUUGACCAUGAUGGUCGGAGCCGUCGUCCACAGCAUCAUCAUUGGCCAGGUGAUCAACGAGGUGACGAGCGACAGUACCGUGAACGCAUUCCUGAAGAACAAGUUGAAGCUGGCCAAAGAGUUUGCAGUUCACGCGCAGCUGGAUUCCUCCGGCUCCAAAGCGUUGUCCUUCUGGCUGGAACAAAAUAUCCGGGACCUCAUGGGCCAGCAGUACAAGAUGGAUGAGAUGCUGCAGCUGAUUGCAAACGAUAUGCCCCUGCACCUUAUGAAAGAUCUACACUCGCGGCUCUUCAAUGGUCAGCUUACGCGCAGCAGGUUUCUUCGUGUCCCCUUUGUCUCGUCAAUGCCACCGCGGCUGCCAAUGCUGCUCUCGCUCGCUGUGGUGUCGAAGCAGUACGAGGGGAACCAGCUCCUCUUCCAAGCAGGAGAUGCAGCCAGCCACCUUUACCUCGUCUUGAGUGGCACCUUUGCUUUCGUUGCACGUCCUGAACGGCACAGCAAGAGCCCCAAAGCAAACGAUAUGUGGCCCUACCAGUUGUUCUCGCACGCCAGUUACUUCGGAAAUUAUGAGCUGCACACCGGUACGAAGCAGUUUCGACGAAGCACUGCUCGCUGCGAAACGCCUCAGGGAGGGCAAGUCCUGCGCCUGCAGAAGGACCACUACCAACGCCUAUGCGGUGACUUUCCUCAGUUCGCGGCAGCUUGGAAGUAUGAGGCUAAUCGACGAGAGUCUCAUCGUUGUUGGCUGCAUGCGAACCACACCCGUAUGCUCACAUACCGUCUUCUGGCAGUUCGCCGGAUGCAGAAACUGUGUCGCUUCUAUCUUCGGAAAGCUGACAAGACCAACAAGGACGAGGCAAUGAAGACAGACAGCUCGGGUCUUUUGGUGCCUGGCCGGAAUUCUUUGAGGUCAAGCUGCUCUUCAACCGGCAUCAGCGAAGGGAUGGGUUCUGUGUCUAUGGGUUCCGUUCUUCACGAGAACUCAGACAGCAGCGCAGGCCGAAAGCCGCUCCUGCCGCCUUCAAUGCCAGAG